AUGUCAUUGUCUCCUCCACAGUCAGAACUUCUUUUCAGGCUUGGCGAUUUGGUUGGUGAUGUUUUGGAUACGAGGAUGUGGAUUUCCAACUUGGAAAACACAGAAUCAUCAGAUGAGGUGCUGCUCUCUUACAGUUUAUUUCUUGGUGACAUUGUUGACUACUCCAUGCACCUGCAACUGCCAAACCCUUAUGAUUCCGAGACACUAAAUCUUGAUCCUAUUCUUGAAGAUAACGAUGAUGCUUGGAUCAGGCUGGCUAGGCAUAUCAGUGCUCAUGAGGCACCAAACAUGCAACCUGCAAGCCAAAAGUCCAUUGAAUAUCUGGAUAAGGUGAAGAUUGGAGAUCAAGAGCCGUGUUUGACAUGUACAGUUUGCUUGGACGAGAUUUCAAUUGGGUCUGUUGCCACUCGAAUGCCAUGCUCACAUGUCUACCAUCAAAACUGCAUCGUUCAGUGGCUGGUCACGAGUAACAUGUGUCCUCUCUGCCGUAUGAUUUAUAAGUAUGGUGAAGAAAAUGUUAAUUUCUCGACGGAGAGAGGAAACGACAAGAGGAAGAAAAUUAUGGGUUUCAAUGAAGGUUUGCGUUUGGUGUGUGAUUAA